GGAUGGAGGCGGUAACGCAGUGACAUCGCCCGGAGCCCCUCACGGUCCCGGAGCCUCCGCUAUGAGCCCGGGCUGAGGCUGCACGAUGUUCCCGAUGUCUCCGGAGAGGGCGCUCCCCCGGGCCCGGGCACACGGCGCCCUGCUGCCCUCCAUGCUGAUGUUCGGGGUGAUCGUGGCCUCCAGCGGGCUGCUGCUGAUGAUCGAGCGGGGGAUCCUGGCUGAGGUGAAGACCCCUCCUCCCCGCGGGGACGUGGCAUGGCGGGGCCGGGAGCCCGCGGUAACGGGGGACGAGGAGCUGGAGCUGCAGAUCGUGCGCGAGCUGCGGAACCGCACCAUGAGCCGCGUGUGUGAGAACAUGCCCCGCAGUGUGUGGGCUCUGCCCCCGGGACAGAGGAGGACGCUGCUCCGGCACAUCAUAGUCAGUGACAAGUACCGGCUGCUGUACUGCUAUGUGCCGAAGGUGGCGUGCUCCAACUGGAAGCGGGUGCUGAAGGUGCUGGACGGCAGCCUGGACAGUAUUCACACUAAGCUAAAGAUGGACCACAAGAGCGACCUGGUGUUCCUGGCCGACCUCCCCUCCGAUCAGGUGCGGUACCGGCUGCAGCACUACUACAAGUUCCUGUUUGUACGGGACCCCCUGGAGCGGCUGCUCUCCGCCUACCGCAACAAGUUCGGUGAGAUCAAGGAGUACCAGCAGCGCUAUGGCAUGGAGAUCGUGCGGCGGUACCGCAAGGACCCAACCGGCUCCAAGGGCGACGACGUCACCUUCUCAGAGUUCGUGCGGUACCUGCUGGACGAGGAUGUGGAGAAGAUGAACGAGCACUGGAUGCCCAUCAGUAACCUGUGCCAGCCCUGCGCCGUGCCCUACCAGUACAUUGGCACCUACGAGCGCCUGCGACAGGACGCCAGCCAAGUCCUGGACACCAUCGGUGCCCCCCCAUACAUCCAGUUCCCGGAGAGGCAGGCCUGGUACAAGCCGGUAACCAAAGAGACGCUGCGGUACUUCCUAUGCAACACCCCCCAGGGGCUAAUCCGGGAGCUGCUGCCCAAAUACGUCCUAGACUACUCCCUGUUCGCCUACACCCUGCCCAACAUCACCAGUGACUACUGCCGGCAGUGAGGACCUAUACCCUGCCCAACAUCACCAGUGACUACUGCCGGCAGUGAGGACCUACACCCUGCCCAACAUCACCAGU